AUGGCUGAUAUUGUGAACCCAGGCUUGUUUGUCUGGGUUUUCUACUUGAACCACACAGGGGCUCAUAUCGCCGCUGAUGUUAUGUGUGGUGUGAGUUCAGUCGGGUUCCCAGCUACAAAGCCACAGCCUCUUAAUAUUACUAACAAAGUUGCCGCUAUUGUCUUGAUGGGCGAUCCGAGUACUACGAAGGGACAGGCCUUUCACGUUGGGAGCAGCAAGGGUGAUGGUGUAUUCUCUCGCCAAAAACCAAAUGGAUGCCGAUACGUCUCUGGCAAGACCAUGUCUUUCUGUGAUGCAGGAGACCCUUUCUGUGAGGCUGGAGGCCAUGACCUGAGCACUCAUAUGAGAUACGUGUCAGCGUAUGGACAAACGGCUACUGAUUUUGCUGUUUCCAUGUUCCAUCUUGCCUAG